ACUCUGAUUAGCUCUCUACCCUUCUUCGCAUGUCAAUCUAUUCAAAUCAGCAACUGCAAGAACUUCUUGGCUGUUAUGUGACGAUUUCCCUUGCAAACGCAGAGACUAAAGAAGGAUUCCUGUACACAGUCGAUCCUAUCUCAGGAACUUUUAUAUUAUAUCAGCCGGAAGCAUUUCAGGCGCUGAUGAUUUCGCAACAUGCUAUCACUUCAUACGAGUUCGAUCAGAGCAAGAAAAUAGAUCUUGGUAUCAUGGACGAAGCAUUGCAUCUCCCAAGUUUUGACGAUCAAUGGUUGACUAAGCGGCGGAACGCGGUCGUCAACUAUCUCACCCAACACCGAAUCCCAUUCCGUCUUGUUGAAGGCAAGGCUUCUAUCCAGAUGUUGGACUCGGUGUAUGUUGAACCACCCUUUGUAGCCACGAGUAUUAUCGGUGAUAACGCUUUAAUACGUGAACGUGUACGCCAACUAAUGAUGGAAAUUCCCUUGUGAGCAUUUGCUUUAAGAAUACCAUCUCCCAGCGGCUUACCUACGGCUGUUUUAUUUAUCAGCGAACUAUUUACCUAAUUUCAUCCUGCUGGCUCUAUGAUGGAAUUGCUUUAAACGCGGUGAAAUCAAAUGGACGAUUAAAUGAAUAGAAUAUCAUGUAUCCGUACCACAAAGCACAAAUACUGCUUUUUCUGAUCCAGUGACAUGUUAAAUUCGGUUGGAAAAUGAGUGAUUUGCGGUGCUCCCGCAGGUGGGAAUAAAAAAUGGUUGC